UGUGAUAAUGUUCGCUUCAAGUACCCAAAGGAAACACUGGAUAUACUCGGAUGAAAGUGAUCUCACCACCCUGAGAGAGAAAACCAAUGCCCAAUUUAUCAGGAGAUAUGGAGCCCAUAUACAAAGUUGCGUUCUCCUUUGGAUCUUGUUUCUUCAUCAUUUUAUUUUCGAAUGAAAAAAUUUGAGCAAGACCAACGAGAUCAAUUUUUCCUUUCGGAUAUUGAGGAGAGAGCGCUGGUACGAUUUUACGAACUUCAGCUGCGGGAUUUCUGUAAGAGGUUCUCACCUCAAAUGCCCAGAGCUACAAUCGCCACUGCUCUUCAUUAUUUCAAACGCUUUUACCUGAGGAACAGCGUAAUGGAUUAUCACCCUAAGGAGAUCCUGGUCACAUGCGUUUAUCUCGCUUGCAAGGUGGAAGAAUUCAACGUUUCAAUCUCUCAAUUCGUAGCAAAUUUAAAGGGAGACAGGGAAAAGGCAUCAGAUAUUGUUCUGAACAAUGAGCUACUCCUGAUGCAGCAAUUGAAUUACAAUUUAACAGUCCAUAAUCCAUUCAGACCUGUGGAGGGCUUAAUGAUUGACAUAAAGACUCGCUGCACUGCUCUCGAAAAUCCGGAGAGACUCAGGCCACACGUCGAUGAUUUUUUGGAGAAAGUCUUCCUGACUGAUAGUGUUCUUCUCUAUGCACCAAGUCAAAUAGCUCUGGCAGCUAUUCUCCACGCAGCCUCAAAAAUCUCGGCGAAUUUAGAUAAUUACGUGACUGAUAUUCUAUUCUCCCGAGAACAUUUGCCAGGAAUUAUCGAAGCUGUUCGCAAAAUAAGAACAAUGGCAAGAACAUUGAUCGACGUCCCAGGGAAGGACGUGGUGAAGUUACUGGAGAAAAAACUAGAGAAAUGUCGCAAUCAGGAGAAUAAUCCUGAUAGUGAUAUCUACAAAAGGAGAAUGCAAGAGAUGCUGGAGGAGGAGGAUAUGCACGACAAUGCAAAAUAUGCGAAAAUCAUUCAGGAGCAAGCAGCCCACGACGAGAAGACUCUGGGUGUCAGGGGCUUGGGCUCGCCGUCUCUCUAGCCCCCAAUCGUCCACGAACUCAUUGAUCUAACUUGAAAUUUCCUACUCUCAUUCUCCUGAGGAGUCCCUUAUUACCACAAAAAUCAUCAAUAUUUAUUUUCUUACUCUAGUGCUCUCCUUACAUCACUGGUGAUUGUUAAACAUUCGGCAGUUCUUUGUUGCUUAAAAUGCAGGUAUAAAACUUCUUAUCUUAAUUUUUUCCACUAUUUUACGUCUCACGUGUCUUGUCGUCUAAAGUCAAUCCUCUGAGUUAGAGGAUAAACAGAAUGGGAUGGAGAGAUGUUGGGGAACACUGAGUGUUGUGUUCCUGGUGACAAGUUACUUGCCAGUGGCUGGACAAUUGGCAUUCCAGGGGGGAGGGAGAGGUGGCCCACGUGGGGAGGCAGGAGAGGAGGCGUUGCUGGUUGGGGCUGCCCAGGAUAAUUGAAGAACCUAAAAAGGUUCAACAUUUAAAUCAUAAUAUUCACAAUAGUACGAAUGAUAAUGGUGAUAUUCAAUUGAGAAUUAAUUGAUUUUAUGGUAUCCUGAAACAUACCACAGACGAUCGCCUACGAAUAUCGGUCUUGGAGCUGGAAUUCCGAGACUGGAGUAGUACUGCUGUGCUAAUAGCUCCACAUCGUUAGUAUAUUUUCGCUUCCAUUUCGUUCUUCUGUUCUGGAACCAAAUUUUUAUCUGGAAGGCAUAACGAGGACAUUGUAGUUAUUCAUAUUUUAUACCAGCUUUGCCAACUAGAAUAUUGUUGAUGUUUCGUCGAUCUCAACAUUAAUUCACGAGAUAAUUGUAAACUGUAAUUUAAGAAAAUGAUUAUUCAUGUACAUUCAUAUAACAAAUGUCGAUAAAUAUGAAACUGAUAGUGGUGAAAA